AUGGCGGCCUGCAUCUUCUGUCGCAUCAUCAAGGGCGAUAUCCCCUGCAUGAAGCUCUUCGAGAGCGACAAGACGCUCGCUUUCCUUGACAUUGGCCCCCUCAGCAAGGGCCACGCUCUCGUCAUCCCCAAGCACCACGGCGCCAAGCUGACCGAUAUCCCCGACGAUCACUUGUCCGAGAUUCUGCCCACUCUCAAGAAGCUCGUCACGGCCACCGGCGCCUCCGAGUACAACAUCCUGCAGAAUAACGGCACUAUAGCCCACCAGCAAGUUCACCAUGUGCACUUUCACAUGAUCCCCAAGCCAAACGAGACAGAGGGCUUGGGCAUUCAAUGGCCUGCCACGACUGGCGACAUGAACGAGCUCAAGGCACUCUGCGAAGAUAUCAAGUCCAAGAUGUAG